AGACCUAGUCGAGUGCGGACUCUAGUGCAGGAUUCACCUUUGCCACAACUCGCCUUAAAUAAGUUACUGGGCUGCAAGAAUCACUGCAUGCGAGAUGGGUGCUGCAAUCACACUACAAGUUGUCCAAAAUUGCGCAGGAGUCAUCGGUGUGUUGGGAAACACCCUAGUCUGCAUAGUCAUCUGCCGAGUGCAGUCUAUGCACACCCUCACCAAUGGUUUGAUUCUUAAUCAGGCCGCCAUCGACUUACUUGGGUCACUGGUCACGCUGAUCAGCGCCAAUGUGGGCAAACUGGAUCCCGUGCCUGACGGCCCCACCGGUGAACUUUACUGUCGUUUGUGGUUCUCCAAAUUUCUCAAUUGGGCGUUCUUUGCCGCCUCUACCUUCAGUCUGACCGCACUGACUCUUGAGAGGUACCUUGCUAUCUUGUUUCCGUUUACCUACCAGACACGAUUCACCCGACGUGCCGCUAUUCUGGUCGUUAUCGCCGUUUGGCUGACUGGGUGUGCUUGCUCCGCGUACAACAUAGCCAUCAAAAGGUUCAAUGGCAUCGGAUCCUGUGAGUCUGUCAACGUUGGCGGCUCCCAGCUUGUUGGAGUUCUCCUCUUCUGCUUCGAGUACUUGAUUCCAGUCACUGUCAUGUUGUACGCCUACAUUCACAUCAUAGUGGUGUUGAAGAGGAAAGCUCGAAGAGUCGGUGUGAUGGGAGGAAACGGCACGGGGAGUUCAGCGGAGCGCCAGGCGGCUGGUCGUGGGGAGGGUCAGGCAGAGUCUCUGGUCCGUGCACGCAAGAACGUCUUGAAGACACUCUUCAUCGUCUUCUGCUCCUUCGUGGUCUGCUGGACACCGAACAAGAUCAUCUUCUUCAUGUUCAACUUUGGCUGGCCUCUUGAUUUCCAAGGAGCUCUGUAUGUCAUCUCAGUGGCCCUGGUAGUCUCCAACUCGGCCGUCAAUCCCAUCAUCUACGCUCUCAAGUACAGACAGUUCCGUCACGGGGUUCUCUACAUGUUCGGUGUGCGCUCUAACGCUGACGAAGUCGUGCUUGGGAUGUCCUCUACCCAAGGCUGAAUUCUUUCCUAACUUUACUCUGACUUGACUCUAUAGCCGAGUAAACCUGGGCAGUACAUACUGUCGCACCGCACCUCGCACAAAUUCCGAAUUUCACGGCACGUCAUCAAUCCUGGUGUUGUCUUUUCCGUCUGUAUGAACACGGCACAAGUUGGCGUCCUGUAAAAUGUGCCGUAACAACUAAAAGUAGUACAUGUUUUAAUAGGCCUAUGUAACUAAGAUUUUCAAUAAGGAAGACUAUAUUUUAUUUAUUCAAAUUUCACCCAGAACGCUAAAGCAAAACAGCCUCCAACAAUGUAUAAAAUAGCUCAGUCAAACGUCAAUUAUGAAAACAAAUAUGGUUCAUUGACUCUAAUUAUCUGUAUGUUAACCAAAUUGUUAAAAUAAUUAUUUGAAAUAUAUUUAACCUAAAAAAGGUCAAUGGCUCGUAUCGUUAGACAUGGCCCGAAAGUAGCUGAAACGUAUACAUGCACGUUACAGGCAUUUUCGUCACUUCAGUAGAACUCUUGAGUGUCUUGAUGUUAUGUGAUGCACUUGUCACCUUAAAGUUUAUGUAAAGCACUACAAAAUUGUAAUAUCAAUGAUCCACUGAAAAUAAUCCAUUCCACUGAUUCCUCUUUGUUGACAAAAAAUAUCGAAGAAACACACUUCAAGACAAUACUCUUUCUGAUCCCCCCCAACAAAAAUUGUGCCACCCCCCCCCUAAAAAAAAGAAGCAAGGAGGGGACCUACUUCCAGUUUUGAAAAUCACUUUUCUCGCGGCCAUUUUUGUGUGCAAUGCUUCGUUUGGAACAUUCAUGACUGAUCAGCUUCUAAUGAUUUUCAUUUAAAACAAUCCAACAGUAAGAAGCACUUGCUAUACCUGUUGUUUAGUAAAUGCUGAACAGUAAAGGAAAAGUUUUAUUCAUACGGAAUCAAGCAUUUGGUUUUCCUUAAUGGUUUUACUCCAAAGUCAAUGCUUUUUCUUUUUGCUCAAACGUCCUAGUAUUGUAUUUGCUAGUUGUUUUUCAUAGUAAUACGACCCAAUGUCAAGAAUAAUAGUCGAAAAGCUGCAGCAUGCACGGCGUCAUUAAUUGCGUGACGCGAUUAUGAAUUUCAUAAUAACCAGCUAGGGGAAAACAUAGCAAAUUAAUUUCACCGAUGCAUUUGCAUCUAGGGAGAAUAAAAUCAAAGUUGGUGUUCGAUUAUAGGUUUUCCCGGCCAAUUUCCUAAAAUGU